GUCGUUUUGUGGGUUUUUGGGGUUGUUCUGCGGGUUUUUGGGGUCGUUCUGUGGGUUUUUGGGUGUGACCCGGGGUUUCUGUGUCCCCAGGAGACGGUGUUUGCGAUGCUGAGCGAGGUCACCGAGCGCGCCCUGGCCCUGACCCGCGCCCGGCACCUCCUGCUCGUGGGCGGCGUGGCCUGUAACCAUCGGCUCCAGGAGAUGCUCCAGACCAUGUGCAGGGCCCGGGGGGCAGAGCUCUGCCCCACUGACGACAGGUACUGCAUCGACAACGGCGCCAUGAUCGCCCAGGCCGGGUGGGAGAUGCUGCGGGCGGGGCAGGUGACCGAGCUCAGCCAAUCGGGGAUCACCCAGAGGUACCGCACGGAUGAGGUGGAGGUGACCUGGAGGGACUGAGGAGCAAUGAAGGCGGAACCGUCGCGCCACGAGGAUCCUGCCUUCGUAAAGCGCCUCUAAUUUGUAUUUCUGAAUGGAAUUUCUCCUUCUAAAAAUUGUUUUCGCGUUUUUAUAUAGUUGUUCGUUGGUCCUAGUGAGUUUUUGGGGUGUUUUUUGCUUUAUAGGAGUGGUUUUUUACCUCAGGAGUUCCCCCCCACCCAUUUGUUCCACCUUCCCCCUUUGAAAGUCAGCUGAAACGUACAGUAAAAUACAGAUUUAUAAACUUUU